AGGGAGGUGAUGUCAUGCAGUAGAGCUGUAAAGCUGGUGCUGAAGCUGCGCGGCACAAACGGCCAAACAGCAGCGCACAGCGAGGAGAGCGAACAUCGGACAGCUCAGGAUCAGUGAAGAGCUCGUCAAAGUCUGCAGUCGAGGCCAGAACACAAGCAGAAAUGACUCUCGCAGCGUACAGAGAGAAGAUGAGAGAGCUCCCCCUGGUGUCCCUCUUCUGCUCCUGCAUCCUACCAGAGCCUAAAGAGAAACCCACCAAAAACACACCACAAGGUGUGGUGGACCUGAACUUGUGCAUCAUUAAAGACAUGGAGGUGAUAGAGCUGAAUAAGCGUGCAUCCGGCCAGGCCUUCGAGGUCAUCCUCAGACCUCCAUCGUUCGACGGCCAGCGCGAGUUCCACCCCACCAUUCCUCCUCGCCGGGACCCCUCACUGGAGGAGAUCCAGAAGAAACUGGACGCGGCGGAAGAACGGAGAAAGUGCCAGGAAGCGGAGCUGCUGAAGCACCUGGCCGAGAAGAGGGAACACGAGCGUGAGGUCGCUCAGAAAGCCAUAGACGAGCAAAACAACUUCAUCAAGAUGGCCAAAGAGAAGCUGGAGCAGAGGAUGGAGAUCAACAAGGAGAACAGGGAAGCUCACAUCGCCGCCAUGCUCGAGCGUCUUCAGGAGAAGGACAAGCACGCUGAGGAGGUGAGGAAAAAUAAGGAGCAGAUGGAGCUGGACUGGCAGUAGAGUGGCGCAGGACAGAGCUUGUGUUGUCAUUUUAUUACAUGGAGAACAUGCCACAAAUUCAGGCCCACCGGGUCUCUGUUCCAAUGUAAAAAUGGCAAACGGUGUCUGUGGAAGAGGAAGUGCGGUUCUGCAGCGUUGGCUUCACCGCCCUCCAUAGUGAACUACACUUGUGAUUCGGACGUAAAAAACUGCUGGGGCUUCACUUUGACAUUUUCAGGCACCAGAAAGACCCCAGAAAUAAUGGAUUAUCAUGAUAGCAGGCGAAAGAGCCCCGUUUUUAUUUGAGGUUCAGUGAAAAAAGCACAUUUAUUAACCAGAAUAGUUUAGACGCCCAUUAAACUCCACUCGUAGCUUGUAGUCGUGAGCAGCUUUGCAUGUUUUGACGGAGAGGCAAACGAAGCUGGACUGGACUUGAUGUGACGUGUAUUUGUGAUUUGUGAAGACUGUGGCCUUAGAUGUUUGUGUACCCCUGUUCUGUGUAUUGAUCUGAUGGGUGCUGUGAGCUUUUGUGUAUCUGUGUUUUUGUUUUCGCCACUCUGCUGCUUUAGAGGAUGUACAAUGUAUGCUGUGUAUAACUUUAAAGGAAUUCUUCAGCCUUUUUCAACCUAAUCCCUGCCCUUAUUACCUGUAGUGUACAUUUGAUUUUAACACAUGUCUCUGUGCUUAGAAAAGAGAAGAAAACCUGUCGGAUUAAUAUAAACCUAUGAUAGAAAAGCCAAUGGGCAGUAAAUUUGUGAAUUAACAUUUGAAAUAUGUGAAUAUUUAGCAUCUAUUUAAAACUCCAGCUGUCCUGCUUUAGCCGUACAGAUGUGAUGCGACAGAGUUAAUUUCUUAUCAAAGUGGUUCUGUGCAAUUUCCCAACAGUGGGGCAGCACUGUAAAAAAGUAGUUCCACUUAUUUUCCCUUUGGACUAUGCUCUUAAAAUAGACUACAAAUUCCUCCCUCUGGGAAACUAAUCCCACCUCUAAAAGGACCAUUUACUGAUUUACAGCUUGAUUUACAAACAGCUUUGGCUAAAGAAUUAAUUAAAUGUUUAUAGACUCAAUUCAACAACUGCCCAUUGACUUCCAUUCCAAAGCAAAUUCUGAGUCAGCACAUUUCAAAAUUAUGGUUUGUGGGAAUCGACUAUAUGCUACACUAUUAAAAAAGAUGGUCCUUGAAGGGCUCUUUAGUGAGCGUUCUUUACAUGGUCAAAUGGUUCUUCAGACGGUUCUUCAGAUGAAGAACAUGUUGUAUAUGAUUCUACAUAACACCAAAAAAGGGAUGUCAAGCUUGUAACAAUACAAUAUUCUAUAUAGAACCAAAUACAAUACGUUCCUCCUCAAUCUGAAGAAACAUUUCACCAUGCAAAGAAACUUUCAAGAAUGCAGAUGGUUUUUUGAGUGUUCAUGGUUCUAUAUAAGACCAUUAUCUUUACUAAAGAACCCUUGAAGAACCAUCUUCUUCAUUUUAAGAGUGUACAGGAGCAGCUGAUAGAGAUUAUGUUGAAAAAAAAUGCUAAAGUUUUCCUUUAAAUUGACAUAUUCCCAACAUGUGAUGGUCAUUUUAAUGCUUGCAUGCUACGACUAUAACCGAUAAAGUGUAUGAAAAUCAGUU